GCCAGGAAAGCUUUCUUCACACUCCUUGGAGCAGAGGGUUCCUGAGCAUGGACCGAGUGCCAAGGGGCUGAAGGGCGGGGCCUGCUGCCUCCUUCCAGGUGCAGGCGGGGGAAAGUCCCAGCUCCGCCCGGGGGGAGGGGCUUGGCUCCGGCGUCUCCUUCAAAGCCUGGAAGAAGGAGGGCAGCCCGGCCACCAGCGGACGGAGCAUCCUUCCCGGGGCCGAUCGUCGUCCGGCUUCCCAGCCGCGGCCGGAGGGAGGAUGCAGCGGGGCUGGCUGGUGCUGGGGGGCCUGGCCCUGGGCUACCUGGGCUACCUGCUGCUGGGGGCCCUGGUCCUCUCGGCCGUCGAGCGGCCCUACGAGAGCCGUCUGCGGGCGGAGCUGCGGGGCUUGAAGGCGGCCUUCCUCCGCGAGAGCCCCUGCCUCCCCGAAGCCGCCCUGGAGCGCUUCCUGGCCGCCGUCCUCAGCGCCAACAGACACGGCGUGGCUCUGCUCCGGAACGGAUCCGCCGCCCCUUCGGACUGGGACUUCGCCUCCGCCUUCUUCUUCGCCAGCACCGUCAUCACCACCGUCGGCUAUGGCUACACCACCCCUCUCUCUGAUGCUGGCAAGGCCUUCUGCAUCGUCUAUGCGCUGUUGGGCGUCCCCUUCACCAUGCUGAUGUUGACGGCCACCGUGCAGCGCCUUGUUGCCACCUUCACUUCUGGACCUCUGGAGUAUCUGGCACGGCGUUGGGGGUACGACCGGCGGGCCCUGUCUUGUGGACAUUUGCUCUUGUUGGCUGUGGGGGUGCUGGUAGCUUUUUUCCUGGUGCCUGCCGCCAUCUUCAGUACGUUGGAGGAGUCUUGGAGCUUCCUGGAUGCCUUCUACUUCUGCUUCAUCUCCCUUUGCACCAUUGGCCUCGGAGACUAUGUCCCUGGGGAGCAACCAGGACAGCGACUCCGUUCACUAUAUAAGGUCUCAAUCACAGUGUACUUGCUCCUGGGCCUGAUGGCCAUGCUUCUGUUGCUCCAGACCUUCCAUAAAAUGGCAGACUUGCAUGGCCUCUCGGAUCUGAUCCUGCUCCCUCGAGACCCACCUUGCGAAGACCGUCAGCGCAUCCUUGAGGAGCAUGACUCUUCCUCAGAGCCAGGGCAGAUGGAGAAGGUGCCAGUGCAGCCCACGGCGGGCACUCAAGCAAAUUACUCCUCCAUCAACAGAUAGCCAAGAGUGAAUCACAGAACAACAUGGAGAAAGCUACAGGAGAGCAGACUGAAAUGUUCCAGCAGUGCUUAGUUGUUUCUGUGCCAUCUGGCCUAUAAGAAACCUUCAAGGCCAGUGGCUGGCUCUUUUUUAUUGCUCUCAAGCUCUUUCCUGUUGCAGAAGCUUGUCCUACCAGUUUGCUCUUCUGUUCCCAGGGGAGUGAGACUGCUGGUCAGUCUGUCCAUUUGCGAACAGGAAAACCCAGUUGGCUCUCCAAGAUGAAGAAAAUCAAGCGGUUUCU